GCCAAAAGAUUCAAUUCUUAUAAUGUCCUUCUACCAUCAAUGUGGUAUUACAACUAUAUUGACUAACUCUAACAAUCCCCCACUUAGUCAACAAGAGUUGAGAAUACCUGCCUCAAACAAGUAACGCGUACAUAAUGUAUCUUAUCGAUUUGAACCUUUACCUAGUGUAAGCAACUCAAAGUUGAUAAUGAAGCAGUGACGGGCUUAAGCCUAGGAGUCACAAUCCAAAGCAACAACCGGAGAUGCCACACACGUACUUGUCUCUUCUCUAAACCACGACCAACAACAAGGGUAGCACUGUUAUGGCCAUGUGUUGAUCCUGUUUCAUGAGCAUUCACAAAAGUUGACCUCUAAUUUUGUUAGAGCGACACCACUUUUAGUGCUCACAUAUGUGACAUUCCAAAUGAAUUCAUUAAGAGUUCUAUAACUCAUCUCAAGAGUUCUAUGACUCACCCUUUUUUGGACUAAUUUACUUGUACAAUAAAACUAGUACCUCAGUUAGACUAACUUGUUAUUACCACAUUGAACCUUUUAAUUAGUGAAUACCUAAAGAAAAGGUUGGGUUCCCAUUACUCGUAACUACGCUAAAGGUCUCAAUCCCAUCCCUUGUGAUGUCUCAUAGAUCAUGCAUAUUGGCAAUCCCUUGGUAAUUAAGAGAAUCUGCCAAAUUAUUGCUUGACCUUACAUACACACUAGAAAUUAUUACAUUAGUAAUCAAAUAUCUAACGUAAUCAUGUCUUAGGCUUAUGUGUCUAGACUUACCAUAGUAAAUCUGGUUAUAAUCUCUAGACAAAGUAGCAUCACUAUCACAAUAGACGGAAAUGGCUGACAUCAAUUGCGGCCACAACUCUAUAUCUAACCUGUUUCUUUGCCAUUCUGCCUCUUUUUUAGCCGCCACAAGGGCUAGAAAUUUAGCUUCCAUAGUGGAGAGUGUGUAAUACAUGUUUGUUUCUUCGAAACUAAGAAACAACUCCAUCACCUAGUGUAAAAAACUACCUGUUGUAGAUUUAUUAUCACUAGCACUCGUUAUCCAACUAGCAUAAAAAAACAUCUCCCCACAAUUCUACCACUUGCCAAACUAUCAUGGAAUAAUUCCAUUUAAUUUUCCAUGGCUUUACCUAUUGAACUUUCACAAUCACUACAUUAAUCUAAUUGUUUACCAACCGUAUGGACUAAUUGAAUUAUCAUACCACAAACAAUUCAGAUAUUAUAAGAAAUAUAAUCUAAUUACUUACCAAUGGAAUUGGUCAAGGUAAACUUGAGAUACCACAAGUAAUUCAGUUGUAUUUCCAUAUUGUAUUGGAAAUAUCAUCUAAUUACUUACCAAUGACUUUCCCUCAAGGUAACUUGACACACCACAAACAAUUCAAAUGAAUAUUUUAAGUCAAUGGUCUAAUUACUUACCAAUGAUAUACACUUCAUAAAUAUACCAUAAGUAAUUCAGACUUUAAGUUCAAUAAGAUCAUAUCAAUUGAGCUCUCAUGCCAAAUUGUUUUCCAAUGAUAUAUGUCUACAUAUAACCAUAAACACUUCUGACCAAUAGUUUCUCAAAAUAAUCAUAAGUCAAAUUGUUUUCCAAUGGUAUACUAUGCAUAAACCAUAAACAAUUCUGACGAUGAUUUAUGAUAAUCACCAUUCUUUCGCAAACUUAUUCAAUCCAGACAAAACAAUAAAGAGAUUCCAGCCGGAACACCUUUAGUUUCUGAUUUCCUGCUCUCUGCGCAGUUCACGGGAGGCUAUAUUGGUAAGAUGGAUGGAUCCGUUUCCGUUGGAUUGAGAUGAGCCGCCGGUAGAAAACGAAUGGGCCCUCCCUCAAAGCCCAUUCCAUCUCUUAACACCAACAAUGUCGUCCUCUCUCCUGUCCGUCGCCUCUCUCUUCCUGUCUUCCCUGUCCGCCUCCUCUGUUGCUGCUGGCCUGUCCGUACCCCGACUCUUGCGCUGCCGAACGGACCGAACCUCGCCUCCUCUCUCGCUAGCGGCCGGAAAUUUCACAUGCCGGCGGAUUUUUCACAUCGCACCUCUUUCGCAACCUCACCGCCUUCUGUCGCUGCUAAUCGAUCAUUCAAAAUUGUCCGUGAAUAGGGAUUUGAUGUUGGCGACUUGAUCAGAUUGAGAAGGCCAAUUUGAGUCCUUGCGGUGGCGAGAACUACCACAUCACCUUCCACGCUACUGACUUGCUGUCGUCUGAUCCUAAUCUUGCGAGGAAAACCUAUCAAGCUGAGGUUUAUCGGAACAUUGAAAGUGGCAUUCUAUCGACCACUAUGUUCCGCGAGAAAGGCCACAAUCAGUUCAUUAAAGUAAAGGAGGACCGCCCAAUCACCUAUAUCUGAUGCUUGGGGAGGUUCAAAGGGUUUGAAGGGGUUAGUUAGCUAGCUACUGUUGCCACUGUGUAUUUUUCUUUUAAUGUGACUAUCUGGGCAGCAGCACCAGUCGAGUGAGUCUGAUCCAUCAGUCUUUGUUGCAUUGCACCAGUCGAAGACAAUUACCACUAGUCGAAGACAACAAUGGGCAGCACUCGAGCGGCAACUGCUCCACCAGUCUUUCUUCCAGUAAGGUACACAACUGUAAUCCUCUUAUUCAAAUCCCAUCUACCCUUUCUAAUUAAUGUCUUCCCCUGGCCAUAUAAUUUGGAAUUUUGCUUAAUUCAAACUUAGCAGCAGCCCUUUCAAUGCAUAGUAGCGCUUUUAAGCAGCCUUUUCAUGAGUUUUCUUAGUUUUUGUUAUGAGAGGUAGGACCAAUACCCAUACCACUUUUGUAGCCGAUCGGAUUCAGAUAAAAUAAUUUAUCAUGAGAUGUAGGUUGGGGUAGAAAAUGAGAAAAUAAAAUCAACAUUGAUAAAUUGAUAAAUUUAUUAUAAUUAAACUAUGAGAAAAUAAAAUCAACAUUCAAAGUAAUUUGAGUAAAAUUACAUGUAGUCCUUUUGCCUUACUUUGUCCUCCUACUUUGUCACCCUACUUUGUCCUCCUUUUGCCUUUGAAUCGUCUAGAUUGAAAUUGACGUUUUACUCAUGUAUAAAAAUGGAUGUGGUUGAAUGCAUAUGACACUUACUUUUAAUGAAAUCGACCCUAAAGUAAUUGUACUACAGCUGACACUCACUAAUAUGCCAAAGCAUGCCUUGGUUGAGUUCAGUUUCUUUCCUAGGUAGACACCAUUUUUCGUCUUACAUAUGACUUUAUGGUUUUAAUUGAUAAUGAGUUCAGCACACACUAUUAGCACAACCUGUUGUGACAUAGAGACUAGCCUGCUAAAAGAAGAGUGAAUAAAAAAUUACCAUUCUUUGUUUUUCCUUGAAGUUACUCAGGUAUGGGAAUGAAAUGUAGGGAUAAGGCUCAGUAUCAGUUCCUCGAGACAUGUUUAUUGAUGCAAAUGACACUUUUGUUCAAGAAGUUUUAGGUAUUGUUGUACUCUGUUAUGGAGGCCAACCUAACCUUUAAGUCUAGAAAAAAGUAACCUCAUUCGGACAAUUGUUAUUACUAUUUAUAUCAGUCGUAUAAUUUAUCCGUCCAACCGGCGGGCUCAAUUUUAUGUCUAGAAAGAGUUGAGUAGUUUGGAAUUUAACUGAAUAAACAACAUGAAAUUUA